CCCUGUGAGUGCCUGCAGUUGACUCUCUCGUGUCAACCUGUUCAGUAGCAUACUAGCGCGUAAAAGUCAAAGAUCCGAAUUUCCAGACCCGAAAAGCGCGUGUCGCGUUUAUAGAGUAAACGUAGAUAUCAAAUAUAUUCAACUGAUCAAAUAGUUCAAACAUAAAAGGUCUAAAAUGCCCCAAUCUGAGAGUGAGGAAAACAAAUUGCGUUACCGGCGAACUCAAAGUGUAACACGCGCUGAAGAAAUAACAACUAAAGAAGAAAAACAAAGAAGAGUUCAACCUGAUAAACCGUGUCACAGGCCAAGAGACUCACUUUUCUCAUGGAGUUCUGGGUUCGACAAUUUCACUGGACUGGUCAAUUGGGGUUUCCUCUUGUUGACCAUUGGAGGAUUCCGUUUGUGUUUGGAGAAUUUACUUAAGUAUGGAAUUAGAAUAAAUCCAGUACAAUGGUAUAAUGUACUAAGUGGCAAAAAUGAAGGUGAAGGACACCCUACUCUUAUGCUUGUUGCAUAUUCUAUUGUACCUAUGAGCAUGUGUCUAUUGUUGGAAAAAGGAUUAGCUGCGGAUAUAAUUCCAGAAACUGCUGGAAUGUUCUCACAGAUUGUUAACAUUUUAGUUCUUAUCUUGCUGCCAAUGGUUAUUUUGCAUGUCAAGGGUCAUGCAUUUAGUAUAAUUGGAGCUACAACAGUCUGUUUUCUAUACUCAAUAUUAUUUUUAAAAACCUGGAGUUAUGUUCAAGUCAACAUGUGGUGUCGAAAAAGUUUCCGUGAACAACAAAAGCCCCGUAAACGGCGCCCAAGUAUCUCAAUUGCUGAGUUACAAAACCAUGCCGGACAUUCCGAUGAUUCCAAACAGACUGACAAAGAUGUCCCCAAAUUAGUACAAUAUCCUAACAAUCUUAACUACAAAGAUCUUUUUUACUUCCUUGGUGCUCCAACACUUUGUUACGAACUGAAUUUCCCAAGGACUACGAGAAUUCGAAAGCGUUUCCUUUUGAAACGUCUCUUGGAAGUUAUCUUUGGAGUAAAUGUUCUAAUGGCACUCUUUCAACAAUGGAUCAUUCCAUCAGUUCGAAACUCAUUAAUUCCAUUCUCGAAUAUGGAUGUAGUUUUGGCAACUGAAAGGCUACUUAAACUUGCUGUUCCUAACCAUCUUGUGUGGUUGUGCUUCUUUUAUUUAACAUUUCACUCAUUUCUAAAUUUGUGCGGUGAGCUUUUACACUUUGCCGAUAGAAAUUUCUACUGUGAUUGGUGGAAUGCUAAUAAUAUUGACACCUUUUGGAGGACAUGGAAUAUGCCCGUCCACAGAUGGUGUGUAAGACAUUUAUACAUUCCUGUUGUCCAAAUGGGUUACUCUUCACGUAAAGCAUCUGUUAUUGUUUUCUUUAUUAGUGCUUUCUUCCAUGAAUACUUGGUAAGUGUACCUCUACAAACUUACAAAAUUUGGGCAUUUAUGGGUAUGAUGGGUCAAAUUCCCUUAUCAUCUUUCUCGAAAACCAUGCAAAGAACAUUUGGUCCUCGUAUGGGUAAUAUUGUGGUUUGGGCAUCGAUUAUACUGGGACAACCACUUUGUAUUAUGAUGUACUAUCACGAUUACGUGGUAACACAUUUCAAAGAUGCCCUUACAAGUGAAGAAUACAAUGAUAGUUAGUAUUGAAAGAGUUCCUGUAGAAAAGUGUAUUUAACAUAAUUUAUAAGUUGGUGACUUUUUUGCUUGUGCUAACACACUCAUAAUAAAGAAUUUAUACUUUGUA